AUGGCUACCAGAUCAAUUUCACUCUCAAACUUCAACAAAUCAACCCUUCUCAUACAAAAUUCUUUUGAAAAGAUUCUCAAAUCUGUACAAGAGCUUGAAACACUUUUCCCCUCAAUCUUGUCAGUGAUACAAAUCAGAACUUUAAACAACUUCUCGAACCAGUUAGAAAAGAAACAUGAAGCCUAUGAAAAUUACCUGGAAAGAGCCUUGGAACAUAUAUCAGAAGAAUUAGAUUUGGAUGCAGUAAGUGACACUGAAGACAAACUGCGACUGCUAUUCGUCGAAGCCAAGUCUCGGAUUGAAGCCCUUCUCCAACAGCAGCCGCAAGAUGUUCCAGAAGAAAGUAAAGAUUCAACAAGAAUUAGUGACAUCUCAGCUUCAUCAUCUGCUCACGUAAGACUCCCAAAACUAGACCUCAUCACGUUUGAUGGUUCUCCUCUACAGUGGGUAAGUUUCAUCAACUUAUUUGACACUAGCAUCCAUCUGAAUGAAAGCAUUUCAAACGUCACUAAAUUUCAAUAUCUUCUCAGCGUGCUCAAAAAUGAACCACUAAAUCUCGUAAAAGCUUUCAGUAUCACUUCAGCCAAUUACUCAAUUGCCUACCAGCUCCUCAGAGACAGAUACCACAACACCCGAAGGUUAACUACACUUCACCUAAACAAACUGAUCGACCUACCGGACAUUUCCUCUACCUCAAACAAAUGUCUCAGAACGUUCCUCAACUUGUUUUAUGAACACACAGAAGCACUUAAAGCUCUUGACUGUGACAUUACUUCUAACUCUAACCCUCUGUUGUCCACCAUACUCUUACGAAAACUAGACAAUGACCUUCUAAAACAACUAGAGGCUUUUAGAAUUAAUAUAAAAUGCGAAACACAUUCUCUACCAGAAGUAGUCGAAAUAGUCAAGUUUCUUAAUCAAGAGUGUAACCAAAUGGAAGACGCUGUGUUACAUACCAAGUUUGCUCAAAGUACGAACAACCACAAUUCAAAUUUUAAACCCAAAUCUUUCACAUCCAAGCCCUCUUUCAUUCAAGCUCAGAAAGUUACAAUGGUCUCUACUCCAACUCCAUCAAAUCAAGACAACUCAAAAAAUCCUUUCUCAUUUCCCUGCUUUGUCUGCUCAUCAACUGGCCACAAGGUUUAUGCUUGUCCUAGCUUUCUCUCUCUUUCUUCAAAUGAACGUUUUAAAACCGUAAAGGAUAACAACAGAUGUGUCUCUUGCCUCGGAAAACAUGAUGUUAAAACAUGUAAGUCUAAAGCAUCUUGCUUCAAAUGCCACAAACGUCAUCACACCUUACUUCAUUUUGAACAUGACAAGACAUCUCAAGGUUCUACAUCAUCACAACCAUCAACCACUCAUGUUUCGAAUGAAAAACCUACCGUAUCUCUUUGCUCACAGGAAGCCAGUCCUGCUAAUCAAAUCCCUAAAACUGUAAUUUUAGGCACAACACUGGUUAAAGUUACUGCUCAAAAUAACGUUUCUCAUGUGUUCAGAGCAUUGAUUGAUAGUGGCAGCAUGUGUGAUUUUAUUAGUGAAAAAGCUGCUCAACUACUGAAUGCACCUCGUUUCAAAUCCAACUUACAAGUAGUUGGUCUUUCUCAAUCUCCAACUCUCACAAAGGGUAUUGUGAACCUCACUGUUAACACACUGGCAGGAAAAUUAGUUGCAUCCAACCAUGAAGUGCACAUACUUGAUAAAAUAUCUGUCAAUCUCCCUAGAUCUCAAAUAUCACAAAGAGUUCUAUUGAAAGUAAAACCUUACCCCCUUGCUGAUCCCAGCUUCCACUUAUCAGGGCCCAUUGACAUGCUGAUCGGAGCUUCUCUCUUCCCUCUUCUUUUAACGAAUGAAAACUAUUCUCUCGGCCCUAACAUGCCUAACAUGAUGGGAACUCACUUUGGCUUUGUUGUUAUGGGGAAUGCACCUUGUUCAACCGAUUCCCAGCCUGCCAACACUCCAUCCAUCUCUCUGCUCUCAACGGUUGACAACGAAUUGCAUAACUCUCUACAGAAAUUUUGGAAAUUAGAGGAAUUAUCUGUACCCUCAAAGAUAUCGGUUGAAGAGCAACAGUGUGAAGAUCUGUUUAAAGCUACCCACUCUAGGGACGAAAAUGGCCGUUACUUAGUUCAGCUACCAUUUAAAGAAAAUCAUCCACCUUUAGGAUCUUCCAAACUCAUCGCAGAACGACGUUUUCACUCACUUGAACGACGUUUUACACUCUCUCCUGAUUUGUAUAAAGCUUACUCUGACAAUAUAAAUGAACACAUCUCUCAAGGUCAUAUGGUAAAACUACCUCAUCUAGAUAUCAACUCUCCUCACUAUUUCUUGCCACACCAUGCAGUUGUGAAACCAUCCAGUACCUCAACUAAACUCCGAAUCGUUUAUGAUGCAAGCUGCAAAACCAGCUCUGGAAUUUCCCUCAAUGAUUCUCUCAUGACCGGCCCUAAAUUACAGACCAACAUUUGUGAUAUACUGCUGCAUUUCAGAAUACACAAUAUCGUUUUCACUUGCGAUAUUCGCCAAAUGUAUCUUCAAAUCUUAAUCAAACCUUCCGAUCAACUGUUCCAACUCGUCUUGUGGCGUGACAAUCCCUCUGAAGAUAUAUCCACAUACAAACUCACUCGAGUGACUUUUGGAGUAAAUAGCUCACCCUACUUAGCGAUUCGUACCCUCCACCAGUUAGCUGAAGACGAAGGUAAAGACUUCCCUGAAGCAGCAAAUGUCUUGCGCACUCAGACUUACGUAGACGACAUUGUAACUGGAGCAGACACGGUAGAUGAAGCAAAGAACCUUCAAAAUCAACUCAUUCAACUACUCAACCGUGGACACUUUGAACUUCGAAAAUGGACUUCAAAUUCUCCCGAGCUUCUUCAGUCUCUUCCAGACACUCAUAAAGACUCUCCAGUCUUUCUUGAAAAUACACCUGAUCCCCAUUUCUCAAUUCUUGGCCUACACUGGUCUCCAGACUCGGACAAUUUCAUUUCAUCUCAACCUACCGCCAAAAACACUAACUAA